AUGGUCGUCUGUGCUGCUGCCAGCUGCUUCACCGUCAUGUCUUCGUACCCUACGUCCUACUUGGAAUCUACCUCCUAUGACAAACCAACGUUUUCGGAGCGUACCGUAGGCAAUUACGAAAACCGCAUACGUAAAUUUAGUUCCCCCGAGCGCGUGUUUGAGUAUUUUUCAAGUGUAGAAAUUGAUAAGCAGUUUUACAUGACUAGAGACGACUUGGCACGGGCUGUAACACCCUACACUUAUCGUCACGGUGCCCCCUUAUCGUCCAAGAAUCCAAAAUUUAACGCCAAAGCGAGUAGAACCAAGAAUCCAAAAGAGGUAGCGGAUGAAUAUCUACGACGUGUGGAGAAGGUCCUGAUUGACAAUGCAAACGUCACCAGGGCAGAUGUGAAUGGACUGUUGGCCUUUCGUGACGAACAUCACGUGGACAUGGAGACGCACAUCAAAACGUUGAGGACAUUGCACAUUACGAACGCCGAGUUUGAGAAGUUUAUCGUUCUGCAUGGAGGACCGCCACGUAUCAAGACGUUUUUCGACAUGGUGGAUGCUGAUGGUGACGGGCUCAUUUCAUACCCUGAGUACAGCUUCUUCUGUACACUGCUUGCAAUCCCGGAGCGGCAUUUUGAGCUGGCAUUUAAGAUGUUUGACACCGAUGAGAAUGGACAGCUGGAUCAUCGCGAGUUUAAACAGAUUAUAAACUUGAUGCGAUUGCGUACACCUGCAGGGCGUCAAGAUCGUUCACUGCAUGACGACGAGGUGUCGAUAUAUAAACACCUGUUUGGUGAGAUGGCCUCGAAGUCACUGUCUUAUGAAGAAUUCUGCGCCUUCCGUCGCGGUCUCAAGCAAGAGAUUAUGCGCAUUCAGUUUGAGCAGUAUGAUGUGGAUGGUGACAGGAUUCUUUCACCGCGGGAGUUUGGCAUGUUCUUGGUUUCACACGUUAACCAGCGCGACAUCGAAAAGUGGGUUGAGCGUGUGAACAAGCUGCAAGAACUGAAGGGUCACAUCACGGAACAAGAGUUCAUGGAUUUCAAUGUUUUUCUCGAGCAUCUGGACGAGUUGGAGGUGGCCAUGAACCUCGUGAUGCAAGUGCAUGGCGUGGACAAAGUGCAAUUUCAGCGUGCAACGAAGGCGGCAACUGGCGGAAGUAAGCACAGUGAGCCGGUCACGCCUUUGCAAAUCGACAUUCUCUUUGCUCUGUUUGACCUUGACGGCGAUGGACACUUGUCCACAAAGGAGUUUAUAAAGGUUAUGCACACACGCAAAGAUAGCGGAUUCAACGAGCCUCGUGAUACAGGUGCUUUUAGCUUCAUGAAGCGAGUCAAGGAGUGCAUUGCGUGCUGCAUGUAA